GAACGAAUCCAAUGACCAGGUACUAAAAUGGUACAAGGUCUAUCUGGCCUAUCUUAUGAAGACAGACUGAGACACGUUGAAUUAUUUCCGUUAUCUUACCGUAGAAUACGGGGUGAUCUAAUAUUGGCUUAUCGUAUACUGAACGAUAACCUUGCUAUUAACAUGUCUCAUCUUCUACUUCCGUCUAGGACUGAUCAUUUGAGAGGUCAUUCGAAAAAUGUUCAAAAACCAAGAUCAAAUCGUCUACUUAUGGAGUUUGGUUUCUCGCACCGAGUAGUGAAUUACUGGAAUUCUCUACCGGAACACGUGAUAUCAGCACUUUCUGUUGAUAUAUUUAAAACGACAUUGAACCUCUACAGUGUAACAAACUGAAAGGAUUAAUAUAGGUCGAUAGACCUCCUAUCCUUAUUUGUGAACGCUGAAGUCCGUUUAUGUUAUGUGUUAGCUCCAAACCACUUAAGUUUCACGAAUGUUAUUGGUCAUGAGGCAGUAUCGUAUACUUGAAACAGUACCGAAACAAUAAGAAGUGAACUCAAGGAAGUCAGUUGAUGAAUGCCACCCCAUCACUAACGCAUUGGAUAUUGGAAGAGGUGCUUUUUGAAUCCGUCAAGGUCGAGGUGUUUGGUUUGUCAUCAAGAUUGGUUCGUGACUAUAACUGGAUCAUGAUUGGGGCCUUUGACAGAACUGGGGAAUUUCGAGCCUGUACUCAAUCACUUCAUGAUCGACUGCUUUCUGGUCGUCUACGCCUCAAGCCCCCUCACCCUAAGUACUUGCACUCAGUUGAUAAUACUUACACUGCUAAUCUCAUAGCUAAGUCGAAGCAAAUGUCUGAGGAACUGAAAAUGACUGUUUCAAAGAUGACUAAAUUAAGAAUUUUGUUUCAGGAACCAUCACAUUCAUCCCCUGAAGCCCUUAGUAAACUGAUUGAAGUAAUACAGUAUGAUAUAAUGGAUUUAAACAAAACUAAACUUCAAUUAAAAGCCAGUGUAUCCGAAGUUAAAGAGCAUUCAACUGCUGGUGUUCAGCACCUAAAACACAUAGAUCUUAUUGUUAUUGGAUUAGAAUAUCAUCUCUCAUUUCUUGUAUCUGAGUUUCGUGUUGUAUUGGAGGAACAUAAAACUUCUCUUUCGGUGGACUCUAGAAAGUCAGACGCUAAUAUUCAGAUGAAUAAUGAUCUAAAUCCAUUGACAGAAUAUGCUUCACACUCAAGGAUUAUGAAAACUAAUGAGCCCUCCCCAAUCAACCCUACUUCAGACAAUUCUAUUCCGAACACUCACCCUAUAAAUGACCAGUUACAAGGAAACAAGAAGCAACAAUGUUCAAGUAACCCUUCGAAUCCCACUAUGUCACUCUUAACACCUGUAUCUCACUCACAUUCAACUUCAAGCGUACCAUCUGUAAUGCCCAUCUCAAAAUUAAAUGGCACUCCCAUAGUUAAUCGAUCCGAAGUUUAUAACUCAUUUCAGGCGGAAAAAACUAGUCGAACACCGGAACAACUUCAAAUAUUUGCUAGUAAUCCGCAUGUUUCUCUCAUUGACCAGGAAGUUCGUCAACGUGAUGCUGCAAUUCGGCGAGUGGAAUCAACUAUUGUUCAACUUGGAGAGAUUUACCAACAAUUUUCUACUUUAGUACAAGAACAAAAUGAUUUAGUUUUACGAAUAGAUAGUCAAACAGAUAAUGUGGAAAUGAAUAUCAGUGGAGCUCAUGCACAAUUACUAGUGUUUAUGCGACGAAUAUCUGCACAAAGAGGAUUAUUAAUUAAAGUUUUCAUAACUCUUAUUUUAUGUUUUGUGGUAUUUGCAUGGAUAGUGAAAUAAAUUUGCUCAGUAUUUUUGAAAACCAUAUCAAUCCAGUCUUUCAGUAGUAUUGAUUUAUUAAAUUGUUGAGCGUUUUAUCUUCCCAAUUUACUUUUAAUUGAAUAACAAAAUCUGUUAUUGCUUCUCUAUGUUUUUAUCUCUUUUGUUACGUGUCAUUGAAUUCUUGACCAGUUUUGUACAUUGUUAGUUUUCGCGAAAAAAAGAAAUAUUAAAGGAAAAUAAGUAUUCUCAUUCCUAAUUAUCAUUUUCAAGGUAGUUUCACAGUUUUGGAUAUUUUCACAGAUGUCUGAAUGUGCAAUGGUUCUUGAUUCUGUUGAUUCCUGCGAAAAAUGUCGUACUGAUAAAAAUAUCCGCUUACCUUCAAAACGUCAUUACCGUCAAAGAGCUCAUUGUAAUCCCUGGUCAGAUCAUACACUUGAUUAUCCCUUAAAACCGGAAUUGAUGGAUUGGGAGAAGUUAUUUGGAGGGGACCCAGCAUCUUCAUUGUCUGUAAACAACAACUCUUUUGAUCCUAUUGUUCGAUUUUUAGAUGUGGGUUGCGGCUAUGGUGGAUUGUUGUUUAAUUUAUCUACUUUUUAUCCAUUUACCCGAAGUGUAGGCUUAGAAAUACGUUUGAAAGUUUGUGACUUUGUUCAGGAAAAAAUUAAAGCAUUGCGCGCGAAGCAUUCUGGUCAGUAUAAUAAUAUAGCUUGUAUUCGUACAAAUGCGAUGAAGUUUUUGCCGAACUUUUUUCAUAAAGAACAAUUGCAUAAAAUAUUCUUUCUUUAUCCAGACCCUCAUUUUAAACGUGUUAAGCAUAAAUGGCGCAUUAUUUCUCCUACUUUAUUGGAUAUAUACGCUUAUCUGUUGACUCCUGGGGGAAAAAUAUAUUCGACCACUGAUGUACCUGAUCUUGGUAAAUGGAUUGUGGAUUGUUUAUGUGCACACCCACUAUUCCGUCCAGUUUGUCAUGUUCAUCUCAGUCCAGCAGUUGAGAAAAUACAAGGUGCCAAUGAACUACUAAAGAUAUCUACUUAUCCGGAUAUAUUUGAAGAAAAUUCUCAUUUUGUCAAAGAUUCCGAAUCCUUCCAGAUACUUAAAGAAUCAGACCCGGUAUUGAAAUUAUUGGAACAAGGUUGUACAGAAGAAGCUCACAAAGCCUGUAGAGAAGGCUACAAUCAGCGUAGACUGGAACUUAAAGUGGACGACCCAACACUACAGACGAAAAAUCUCUAUAAAUCCUGUUUCGAUAUGGAUGAACAAACAUCGGUGGUUUUGACACUUAAACUUUCUUGAUAAUGCCUUCAUAGUAAAUGUUUCACUAGUAACUUUGUAGCGUGUUUUUGAGUUAACUGUAUUCUCAAAACUGUUCUUAAAGGAAUCAAUGAACUCUUUUCUUGUAAUCUGCUUCUGGUCUGUUGGAUAGGUCUUUAAUUGUGGAAAUGUAUCUUUUUUGGUUUCCCUCUGAAACAGAUUGGUGAAAGAAAUAAUAUAUUAUCACUUGGAGUGAUUUCAGACUAGCAAUCGAAGUAAUUAUUCUCCGUAUUUUGGGU